UUCACCAGGUGGAGGGGAGCGGCAGAGAGCCGUCAAGCAAUGCUGGGCAGCCGGGAAGCAGGCACCGCUGGCGCACAGGAGACGGCCCCCGGGUCGCUGGGUCCCCUGGGGCCCCUGAACCCGGAGCACCGCGGGGAGGAGAGGCCUCCCGGCCGGGCAGGGUUUCCUGUGGCCGGGCUGGUCAGCUGGAAGCGGCAUCCGUGCAGGACUUCAGCCCUGUUUGCUGCAGCCAACGCUGUGAUCUGGGUUGUUGCCUUCAGGUCUUUUAGGAUCUACAGCCUUAUUUCCAUCCUGUUGGCUCUGUUGGUCGUCACUGUGACUGUUAGAGAUGCUGUUUGGACCAGGACCAAAGGAGCUCAUAUAUGGCGCAGCAUGACCACAAGCUGGGAGAUCAUUGAUUCUGGUCAGGACAGUGGGUCUGGUACUGGACCUCAGCUCGGAGAAUCCCUCAGACUUUUCCUGCAGGAGACGUCAGCUUUCAAGCAGCAGAACCCUGGGAAGUUCUGCCUGCUGGUUUGCAGUUUGUGCACCUUCUUCGCCGUCUUAGGACGCUACAUUCCAGGAAUUGUAAUAUCCUACAUCAUAGUGCUGGGUAUUUUCCUGUGGCCUCUGAUUUCAUCUCAAGAUGUCAGUCUGUGGCUGGAGCCAGUUCUGCAGAAGCUGGACUUCGGCAUCGGACAGUUUUUUCAGAAAAUUAAACAGAACCAUGAGAAGAGAGUCGUUCAGGCUCAGACUGAGAAAGAAGGCAUCGAAUCUGACCUUUCUUCCAUGUUUCCCAAGCUCGACUCUGCAGUGUGUAAAGACAUGUCCGUGUCAGACACAGAAGUUUCUGACGUGACAUGGACGGAUAACGGCACCUUCAACCUGUCAGAGGGACACACUCCACAGACGGAGAACUCAGAAGAUCUUGAUAAAGAAGAAUUGUUCACUUCUGGUCUCCCAGAAUUCCCUUCUCUUGAUAACGGCACAACCACCAAUGAUGACGACGACCUUAGCCUUGACCUGUCCUUACCUCCACCUCAACAAGCCAAAUCAAAACAACCCCCUCCUUCCCCACACAAAGACCAGCCAGCCGACAGGACCCUGGAGCUGGUCAACAAGAUGGCAGGCGACGCCAUCACCGCCGCCGUCACAGCCGCCAUCCAGGAGAGAAUAGAAGCAGCAGUCGGUUUCAUGGCGCCAAGCGAAGACCCCGAGCGGUCAAGGCCUCCAGAUCCGACCCGGUUGCUGGAGCUGGCCGAGGAGUCCGACAGCGAGGUGGAAGACUUUGAGCUGUUAGACCAGUCCGAGCUGGAGCAACUGGAGGGGGAGCUGGGGCUCGUAGAGGAGAAGACAAAGCCCAAAGAAGAGGAACAGGCCAAGACCGACAAAGCAGCCUCUUCUGGAUUCUUCUCUAAGCUCCUCAGGCGCCACUGAUUCCUGAAAAGUUUGGCAGGGGAGGGUAGAUGGUCACAGAGGACAUUCACAAAGGAGAUAGGGAGUUUCUGUCACGUUUUGCUUAUUUUUCAGGAGAAAAUAUUACCAUUUGUAUCUUUAAGAGCUAACAUUUACAUUUGAAACCGAUCAGUUUCAAGAAAUAUGGAGCUUGAUGUUCACCCACUUUAGUCAGGAUACGUUGAUCUGAUCACGAUCUGAAAGCAACAGGACUUCCUGUCAUCUAACCUAUAGUUUUAUAUCUAUGCAGUAAAGCUCAGCCUGGAUGAAGAAAGGACUGGCAAGCCUUUGAUCGGUCGGUUAAUUAUCAUAGAUUUCUAUGAUGAACAAAACUUAAAGUUCGGUCCGUGGACUUUUAUGUAAAUAACUGGCCAAUCAAUUAGAGUAUUUGUAAAAUUUUAUCAAAGAGAUUAUUAGGUUCUAAGAGACAGAAGUCAUAUAAAAAUGGUAGAUAUGGCUUUUAGUGUGGGUCCUGUUUCUAGGCCCCUUUCACGUCAUCACCUCUGUCACACAUGUCACUCCUGCAUUCAGAUAAAGGUUUAUGUUCCUCUACCGUCAGUUUAAGCCCUGGUGUAGUGAAGGAACACCUUCAGUACUGUCAUCAGUUGAUCAGCAACUUAUGAGGAGGCAGUUAUGGCAGGUUUCCUGUGCAGUGAAUGUGGGCAGCUGAACAUCUCAUCCUGCUGAAUAGUUUUAAUCCAGUGCAACGGUCAGAAGAAAUAAUACACUUUCUCAGCUAGUCACACUGAAGCUUUAAAGCCUGGGGUUAGUGUUAAUGAGUUGUGCUGCAGUACUAAUAGUUACUGAUACUGAUAUUGCAUUAUAACUGUAUUAUAAACUCCAUUUCAUGCGUUUUCUUGAUCCUUCUCCUCAUUAACCCUUCAAUCUAACAAUGAUACUGUAAGUUUAUAUUUGACAGGCUGACAGAUAUAGCAAGUGUAGCUUGCAUUUUAAACCAGAACUUCACUUUGCCUCCCGGCAUUCAGUGCAGCGGACACUUUGUUACAAUUUGGAGGUGUGGGUGCUGCUUCCGAGCUGGGAACUCAGCAAACAGCAAUUUCCCUGUGCAAGAUGUCUGGGCUAGGUGGGGGUAUUUAUUGCCAUAAAGGGUGUGGCUUGUUCAUUGCCAAUAUGGACACAAGGAUUUAACUAGAGCAAUGACAGCCAGCAGAGUUGGUCUGAUGAGGCUGGCGCUUUAACAUGAGGCCAUUGUGUCCAGGUUUGCUUCAUAUCUUCGGAGGACAAAGCCAUGCAGGUGUGACCUAACCUCACACUGUGUAUACUCUGCCACAAUGUCCCCAUGUUUUAUCCUGGACCUCGUUGCACCGCUCAGUGGUAAUGAACAACAACCCCAACAGGGAACAUCUCUGUGUGCUCAAACCAGUUAGAGAGCUCUUUCUCUGGAUGAUGGAAGUGCAGAGCACUCCUUAUAUGCACCAGAAGACCUUAACAAGGCCCUGUAAACACCAUCCAUGUUCUGGCUAAUGUUUACUUGCAUAACGAGGUUUUAAUCUGGUUUGAAGGAGGCCUAUCUAGCUGUAAGCUUGCUUGUACUAUCCAAAGUUGUUUUCUUUAAUGCAGGUAGGAUACUGACUACUCAUUAAUCCUGCACAGAAGCUUGCUUACAGUGAUCCAAUCCAAACAUUCAACAAUCAACUGAAAUUGGGGUUAAUGCUUUCAACUGAAUUCCCCACAAAUCUAAAAACGUGAAUGAGUUAAUGACAAUCACUGCAUAGUUCUUUUUUUUUAAUGCUCAGAUUAAAUUGUUCAUGGCUGGAUCAUUGAUGAUGAAGGUUAAAAGAAGCUGAUUUUUAUUUUACUUCCUGUUCUAAAAUCUAUUAUGUUCCUUUGUUUAAUCUUCAAACGUUUCUGUUGCUUUUUUUUUGUCAUUUAUUCAGCAGCUGGUCUCAAAAUAAUAUGCAUGAAUAUCUAAACACAUAAACAUCCGACUGAGGAUCUUUUAGUGCCUCCAGCUUGUGGAUUUCUUGUGGCUCAUUGCAUGUCGAAGGAACUCAGGAGGGAGUGAUGAGAUCUUUCUGAAUCACUUUUUGUGGCUCUGAAUGAUGCAGAUCUUGUGGAGGUGAAUGAGCAGAAUGAGGAUGUAGAGAGAAAUUCAAAAGACUGAAUGUGAUUUAUGUUGAAAAAAUAAAAGAAACCAAGUUUGAUAAAAAA